ACUGGGCAGCUGGCACAAAACAUCUGCUGUUGCUAUGGAUGGAGAGUGUGGCAGCCAGGCCCCUGCUACCACAGACACUUAAGUCCAUGGCAGGGGACUGGCCUUGCCUCACACACAGAAAUUUGACCCAACACGUGGCCACUUUUCCUCCCCCUCGCUCUCCACCUUUGCCCCUGCCAGCAGGCUGCAUUCCUGCAGGGAGCAGGCAGACCUGUGCCACCAUGCUCAGCAUCAGGACAUUCCUACAAAAAACCCUCAUCCUUCUGCAAGUAACUACGUCUGUUGUCAUUGGCAAAACACUGAUGAUACUGUUCCCCAAUGCCAUGAAAAGACACAUCCUCAAACUAGGAGAAAAAAGCAGGAUGAAUGAAAACCCGAAGUUCAGCUAUGAAAACUGGGGACCCACUUUUUUCAGCUUCAAGUAUUUGCUCUUUGUGCUCAGGGUGAAGUGGAAGAGGCUGGAGGAUGAAGCCUGGGAGGGACAUCCUGCUCCCAACACGCCGGUGGUGACUUUAAACGGUGAAGUUCAUCACCUCCUUGACUUCAUGCAAGAUAACCGACCUCUAAUCCUGAAUUUUGGAAGCUGCACAUGACCUUCGUUCAUGUUAACGUUUCAUGAGUUCAACAAGCUCAUCAAAGAUUUCAGCUCUAUAGCAGAUUUUCUUAUUGUCUACAUUGAAGAAGCUCACGCAGAAGAUGGAUGGGCUUUUAAAAACAAUGUUGUUAUUAAAAAGCACAGAAGCCUUGAAGAUCGAAAAAUUGCAGCACAAUUGCUACAGAAAAAGAAUCCCUUAUGUCCAGUGGUUUUGGACACUAUGGAGAACGUGAGCAGUGCAAAAUACGCUGCGCUGCCAGAACGACUGUAUAUACUUCAAGGAGGGAAGGUUGUCCACAAGGGAGGAGAGGGGCCUUGGAAUUAUUACCCCCAGGAAAUACGUGCCAUCCUCGAAAAAAUGAAAUAGAAGACGGCUUCAGAGUAAAGACUAUCUGGAGAAAAACAGCCCAAUGAAUAAGUUUUCCUAUGUAAAGUGGUCCCUUACAUGUUUCUUUAGAGGUUCCCAAGCCUCAUCACUGCCCCCCAUUACUGCACUGGGGGAUCUUACUAUGCUUAUCCUACUUGGGGUAAGGAAUAGCAGUUGGGUGCACGGAGCUGUCAGGAAACAAGCACUUACCUUUGUAAGUACUGUGCAAGAUAAACAU